AUGUGCUGCGAGCAGUGUGGGCGCAAAACGGACGCCACCAGAAGGGUGUGCAUUCGCAGCGUGCCGCCCGUGCUGAACCUGCACCUCAUGCGCUUUGUGUUCGAUGCUAAGACGAUGAGCAAGAAGAAAGUCACAUCGGGGGUCCGCAUCCCUCUAACUCUCGACCUCUCACUGUACGUGCAACCGGGGGGUGAUUCCUGCAGAGAAGCAGGGACAACUGCAGGGGCAGGGGCGACUGCAGGGGCAACUGCAGGAGCAGGGGCAACUGCAGGGGCAACUGCAGGGGCAGGGGCAACUGCAGGGGCAACUGCAGGGGCAGGGGCGACUGCAGGGGCAGGGGCGACUGCCGGGGCAACUGCAGGGGCAGGGGCGACUGCAGGGGCAACUGCAGGGGCAGGGGCAACUGCAGGGGCAACUGCAGGGGCAGGGGCAGGGGCAGGGGCAGGGGCAGGGGCAGGGGCAGGAGGAACACGGAUUGACCCUCCUGGGACUGACCCUGAUUUGAUUGUGCUUGAUGCGACUGACCGUGAUCGGAUUGACCCUAAUGGGACUGACUCUGUUCCAAUUGACUUGGAUCGGAUUGCUGACGGUGCAGAUGCAAGGGACGGUAAGCGGAGUAAGGAGGGGAGUGAGGAGGAGUGGGUUUUGGAGGUUUCAGCGAUUGGCAACGCUCAACCCCCCUUGCUUGGACCACAGAAGAGACGCAGAGUGGGGCGACAACGAGGCCUUGAGUCGUUCCUCAAGCCACUUCCUGAGAAUCCACCUGAAGAAUCACUUGAGUUCUCUGGCAAGGCGCCUCUGAAGAAGCACAUCUCAUUGCUGGCGGAAUCUGUUGCUGCUCCACCUGGAAAAGCACCUGGAAAAGCACCUGUAAGGCAACGGCGAUCCGCGUCCCUGGCUCAACAUGUAACAGUGACAUGCAAGAAGCCAGAGGCGGUUUGUAACGGUGUGCAUGGUGCGGAGAGCGGUGGUGGGGUGUGCAGGCUGAGUGGUCCCAGGAAAGGGGGGACUGCAGUGAACGGUCAAGAUUGGGAGGGAGAGAGGGAGGGGGAGGGGGAGGAGGUGACGUCAACUGAUGCCUACAUGCUGAUAUACGUGCGGGAGGGCUUUGGGGAAGGAGAGGAAGGGGAGGGGGUGGGGAUAAGUGGGCUUGCUAACUUUGAUAAGGCAGAAAGUGCAGGUGAGGGUGGGUGUGUCACAAUAAGAGGGGAUGGUAGUGGCAGUGGUGGGGGUGAAUCAAUGACAGGGGAUGGUGUUGCUAAGGGUGCUGCUGAGAGGGUGGCACCUGAAUCAGGAGCGGAUGCAGGUGGGAUGGACUGUGAGAGAAUUGAGACAGGUGAUGUUAAAGCACCUGAUUCGCCUGUUAAAGCACCUGAAGCAACAAGAGAAUCGGGUGUGGCUGUUGAAGCUCCUGAAGCAACAACAGAAGCACCUGAUGCAGCUGUGAAAGCACCUGAAACGACUGCAGCAGAGGCACAUGACGCGGAGGCCCCAUUACACCCCUCUCCUGUGCUCUGCCCAUGGGCUGGUGCCUCGAGCCAGCCUGCCUCUCAUCCCCCCUGCCUCAGCUCUCCCACUGCCCCUCCCCACUCCUCCCCACUCCUCCCCACUCCUCCCACAUUCCCCUCCCUCUUCCCCUCCCCGCGCCUCCCCGCAGAGGCCCCAUUGACAACACUUUUGAGUCAACUCAAAAGUCCCCUCCCCACUCCUCCCCACUCCUCCCCACUCCUCCCACCUUCCCCUCCCCUCGCCGCCCCACAGAGGCCCCAUCGACAACACCCUUCUCCUGUGCUCUGCACACGGUAUGGUGGGGGUCCCGCUCUCUCCCAGGCAGCGUGCUGCUCUGAGUGCUUGAUCGCUGAGGCGCUAGCAGCAGUGAGUGCUGGCAGCUACAGGGAGGAGAGGGCGCGCGUGCGACUGCUGGUGGAAGAAAACGUCAUAGGAAGGGGCAUAGAUGGGCUAGGAUACUACGUGUCUAAGCCCUGGCUGAACAACUGGCUGAGAAGGACAAAAGCUGACGCCCCUACCGCGGCUGACAGCAACCCCCUGGGCGGCAUCAUUUGUCCGCAUCAGCGGUUGAUGCCGGAGGGUAGAGCGGGGGAGGGGAGGAGAGCAGUUGUGAGCAGGGAGGUUUGGGGGUGGCUGAAACGGUGGGCGGAGGAGGGGAGGAGGAGAGGAGAGGAGGAGAGAGUGAGAGAGGCUGAGGAGAGAGAAAGGGAGGAGAGCGAGAGUGUGCAAGAGGGGGAUAAGAGCUUGAAGGGGGAUAAGAGCUUGAAGAGGAGGGAUGCAAGUUUGAAAAAGGAGGGAAGUUUGAGUGAAGGGGAGCGUUGUACGGGUAAGGAAGAAGGCAAGUCUCUAGCGAGCAAUGGAGCAGAUAUCACUGAAGCUGCAAUCAAAGACGAGAAGGUAGAGGCGGUGGUGGCAGAAGCAAAGGGUGUGUCGACCAAGCCUCACCCUGCAAGUGCUGGGAGUGCAUUGCGCGGGACUGUGCACUCCCAGCACUUGCAGGUACCAAGCCUCGCCCUGCAAGUGCACAGUCCCGCGUUACUUCACACGGGAAUUCACAGUCAGGACUUGGAGUUCCCAGCUUCUACUGCAGAGUGUGCCGUGUGCGUGGCAGCAGCAGCAGAGGCGGCAGAGCAAGCGGAUGCUCUGAGUCUCGUGCAGCAGCAGCAGCGCCAACAGUUCCUCCGCCUCUUCUCCCUCCGCUCCCUUCCUCUCGCCCUGCCUUCCUCCCUCUCUCCCCACCCCUCCUCUCUAACCUCCUCCCGCCCCUCUUCCCCCACUGCUGCCCCUCGCGCCUCCUCCCCUUCCCCAACCUCUCCAUCUCGUUCACUGUACAAGAGCAAGCAAGAGGAGCCUCUUUUUGACCCGCCUCAAAGUCACGAGAAGUCUGUUUUUGAGGCGGAUCAAAAGCUAGAAGAGCCCACUGGAUACCCCUACGCGCUCAUCCCCUCCUCUGAGGCGCCUCCAAAGCAAGAGGAGCCCAUUGAGUACCCCUACGCGCUCAUCCCCUCCUCCUGGGUCGCCCUCUGGCGAACCUUCCUCUCCGCUCCACCUGCUGCCAGCAAGUCUGCAGCUGUAGCAGCUGCAGGGUGUGAAGGAGGGACUGUUGCAACUGCAGGGGCAACAGCUUGUCAGCAAUCUCCUCCCAGUCUUGAGCAGGCACUGAGGGUCAUGCGCUGUCAGCAGCAUGGGGGGCUGGUUGCGCCGUUGCCGGCUCUUGUCAGCAGGAAAGGCGAGCUGGUUCAAGCAAACUCUGACUCGCGUAUAGGGUUUGGCACGGAGGAAGUUACUAAGUUGGAGGAGCUUGAGGGUGUGUCGCUGGUGCAGGCUGGUGUGUUUGCUGGUGCCCGGCUCUGGGUGGUGGAUACUAAAGUCCACAGGGACAGGGACAUUGCAGAGGAGCUCCCAGUUGUGGAUGACACGCAGAAGGAGGAGGCAGGCUUCAAAGGCACAGGCCUGGCUGGUAGUUUCCUGCGCGGCACGAUGGCGACAGCGGGGACGCAGAUCAUUGAGUCGGGCCAUGCCGACGCGAUUCACGACGUGCAGAUGGACUACUACGGCAAGCGACUGGCGACGGCGUCGUCCGAUCGCUCCAUUCGCAUCUUCUCCGUCGCAGGCGACCACCACUCGCAUCUCGCGGAUCUCAUUGGUCACGAGGGUCCGGUUUGGCAGGUGGCGUGGGGCCACCCUAAAUUCGGGUCCAUCCUCGCAUCGUGCUCGUAUGACCGCAAAGUGAUCAUCUGGAAAGAAACCAGCGAGAACCAGUGGAUCAAGGCGCAGGUAUUUUCGGACCAUGAAGGCUCAGUCAAUAGCAUCAGCUGGGCGCCACAUGAGUAUGGGUUGGUGCUCGCAUGCGCCUCCUCUGAUGGCUCUAUCUCCAUCCUCACCCACCGUGCCGACGGCGGCUGGGAUGUUUCUCGUAUCCCCCAAGCCCAUCCCGUGGGGGUUACCUCUGUUUCCUGGGCACCUGCUACGGUUCCAGGAAGCUUCCUGGGGUCUGGUCCGAAUCCGGUGCUCCGGUUUGUGUCGGGCGGGUGUGAUAAUAUGGUGAAGAUUUGGCGGUAUUCGAGUGAGGGAGGGGGAGGGUGGCGGCUGGAUGGUGCGCCGCCCGGUUUGACGAAGCACACGGAUUGGGUUCGGGAUGUGGCUUGGGCGCCGAACCUGGGCCUGCCAAAGAGUACCAUUGCCAGUGCUUCACAGGAUGGUACUGUACUGAUAUGGACCCAGACGAGCGAGUCGGACCCAUGGAAACCUCUGCUGCUGCAGGACUUCAAGGUACCUGUGUGGAGGGUCAGCUGGUCGCUGACUGGAAACAUUCUUGCUGUUUCGGAUGCGAAUAACAAUGUGUCGCUCUGGAAGGAGGCUGCAGAUGGACAAUGGUCUCAAGUCUCCACUAUCCAACAACCAUAG